UCCCCUUUCUUCUCUUCCUCCUACAUUCUCGACUCUCUCUUUAUUAGGGUUUUCAAAUUCAAUCAAAACAAAAAAAAAUCCUCAAAUCUCACUUUUAGAUUUUUUUUUUCUUUUGCGAUCUCUGAGAUUCAUUUUCUUCGAUCAAAGGAAACAAAAAUCUUCAUCUUUCUGGAGAUUUUUUUUCCUUCCUUUUGGAGCUCUUUUGAAUCAGGUGAAUUUCUAAUUGAAUCUGAAAGUAUAAGAUGAACAAUUGGAGAUGAUAAGUUUUGUUUGAUGGAGCUUUCACCAACAAGCAGUGACAAGAAAACAAUGAAGAGAUGGUUUUUCAUAGAUAAACGAGUUGGAUAAAGUGUUUUUGAAGAUAAACAAAAGCAAAAAGAGAAGUUCUUGCAUUGAAGCAUUGUUUUUAGAGUUUAUUAAAAGCAUUGUUUAGAGUUUUGAUUAAUGGAGUUUAACUCAAACCACACAUCCUCUGUUCUCAAAUCAUCAUCUAAAUUGACACCUAGAUUCAUGAUGACUCAAUGGAAGAAACCUGCGAAACUCGAUGAUGUUAGAUCUAAUGGUUGGUUAGAUGCAAUGAUUUCAUCAUCUCCACCGCGUAAAAAGCUCGUUAAAGAUUUCAAUGUUGAGGUUGCUCCUGAAGAUGACUUUGCUCAACGUGCUUGGAUGGUGAAAUAUCCUUCUGCGAUUAGCUCGUUUGCGCAUAUUGCAGCUCAAGCAAAGAAAAAGAAGAUUGCUGUAUUUUUAGAUUAUGAUGGAACUCUUUCUCCAAUUGUUGAUGAUCCUGAUCGUGCCAUCAUGUCUGAUGCAAUGCGUUCUGCGGUUAAAGAUGUCGCGAGUUACUUCCCAACCGCAAUAAUUAGCGGUAGAAGCCGUGACAAGGUUUAUCAGUUGGUAGGACUAACAGAACUCUAUUACGCGGGUAGUCAUGGAAUGGACAUAAUGACUUCUUCUGAUGAUCCGAAUUGUUUCAAAUCUACUGACCAACAGGGUAAGGAAGUGAAUCUAUUUCAGCCCGCUAGAGAAUUCAUACCGGUAAUCGACGAGGUUUUUAGAACCCUUGUUGAGAAAAUGAAAGAUAUCAAAGGUGCAAAAGUAGAGAACCACAAGUUCUGUGCAUCUGUACAUUACCGUAACGUUGACGAAAAGGAUUGGCCAAUCAUUGCUCAACGUGUUCAUGACCAUUUGAAACAAUACCCUCGUUUGCGACUAACUCAUGGGAGGAAGGUUUUAGAGGUUCGUCCUGUGAUAGACUGGAACAAAGGAAGAGCGGUCGAGUUUCUAUUAGAAUCUCUUGGAUUAAGCAACAAAGACGAUUUGCUUCCUAUCUACAUUGGAGAUGACACAACCGAUGAAGAUGCAUUCAAGGUACUGAGAGAUGGGAACCGAGGUUUCGGUAUCUUAGUAUCGUCUACACCUAAAGAAAGCAAUGCGUUUUACUCCCUUAGAGAUCCAUCCGAGGUGAAGAAGUUUCUAAAGACUUUGGUGAAAUGGGCAAAGUUGGAGAAGAAUUCUACUGGUUUUUGAAUAAUAUAGUGGAAUUUGCUGAUCGAAUGCUUGUUUAAUUUAGUCACAGCUUAGUUUAUGAUUUUCCAUUUAUCUGGUGGAAAUUAAGUUAUUAAAGUUAU